AUGAUGAUGAUGAUGACGAUGAUGAUGAUGAUGAUGAUGAUGAUGAUGAUGAUGGUGAUGAUGAUGAUGAUGAUGAUGAUGACGAUGGAGAGGAUGAUACGAAAGACGCGGAGAAGUCCACUCGCCCUAAACGGUUAAGAAGAGAAGAAAAAAUGAGUGCUGCUACGCAUAUUUCUUACACAGGCAGCAUGUGGUUUAUGCGUGGGUGUAGGAAGCUUCAGCGAUCCACCAGAAAUUCCAGGUCUGGCGCAUUUUCUGGAGCACAUGGUUUUUAUGGGAUCUGCGAAAUAUCCUCAGGAAAAUGACAUCGAUGCAUUUAUUAGUAAAAGAGGCGGUUCGUUAAACGCGUCCACCGAAUGCGAAUACACAACGUUUUACUUUGAGAUACAAAAGAAGUAUCUGUUGCCCGCUCUCGAUCGUUUUGCUCAAUUUUUUAUUGAACCCCUAAUGAAGAAAGAUGCCAUAACCAGAGAACGAGAAGCCGUAGAAAGCGAAUUUCAGAUGGCCUUACCCUCUGAUAUUGAUAGAAAAGAGCAAUUGUUUUGUAGUUUCGCACGACCGAAUCAUCCGGUAACGAAAUUCAGUUGGGGUAACCUGAUAACGUUGCGUGACAAUGUGACGGACGAAAAGCUUUACGCGGAGCUACAUAAAUUUAGGGAGCGUCACUAUAGUGCUCACAGAAUGAAGCUUGCCAUUCAAGCUAAAUUUCCAUUAGACGUGUUGGAAAAUUACGUCACGGAAUGUUUCUCGAACGUUCCAAAUAAUAAUUUGCCACCAGACGACUUUUCAAUGUUCAAGGGUGCGAAUUCCUUCGACACGCCGAGAUUUCGAAGAAUCUAUAAGAUCAAGCCAGUAAAAGACAUCUGCAGAGUUCAAUUAACAUGGUCGAUGCCAUCCAUGCACCAUUUGUACAAAAGCAAAUCGCAUCAGUACGUUUCGUGGAUUAUAGGGCACGAAGGAAAGGGUUCGUUGAUUAGUUAUUUAAGAGAUAAGAUGUGGUGUCUGGACAUUAAGAGCGGUAACAGUGAGAGUGGGUUCGAACACAGCUCUAUGUAUGCGUUGUUCAGUUUGUCGUUGACCCUAACCGAGCAAGGAUUCAAACAUUUGUCGGAUGUCUUGAACGCUAUAUUCUCGUUCAUCAAUUUAAUGCGCAAAGAGGGACCGCAGCAGCGAAUUUACGACGAGAUUAAACAGAUUGCAGAUACGGCUUUCAGAUUUAUUGAUGAAGAGCCACCAGCAGAAUAUGUGGAAGAAUUGUGCGAGAACAUGCACUAUUUUCCUCCUUGCGAUUACAUCAUUAGUGACAAGUUGUACAUGGAGUACAAUCCGGACACUAUACGGGCGUGUUUGAACUACUUGACCCCCGACGAUGUGAACAUAAUCAUUUUCGACAAGAAGUUCAACGACGAAGAGUUCGAUAAAAUUGAGCCGUGGUUCCAAAUGAAAUACACGGACACGGAAAUACCACAAGCGUGGAUAGAGUGCUGGAGAACCAUCGAACCUCUGCCUGAAUUUUAUUUACCAUUACCGAACGUUUUCCUCACGGAUGAUUUCAGUUUAAUUACUAUACCACCAGACGUUCCGAAAUAUCCUACAAAAAUUUACACGGAUGAUAUAUCCGAAGUCUGGUAUCGACCCGAUCCUAAAUUCCGUUUACCCGAGUGCUACAUGAGUUUUUAUAUCAUAACACCCAUGGCUAUCCAUUCGACUAAGAGCGCGGCCUUAAUUGAUUUAUUCGUUACGAUAUUGCAACAGUUGUUGGUAGAAGAGUUGUACCCAGCUACGACUGCUGAGCUGAAUUAUGAGAUCUACUCGAGCGAUGAGGGUAUCGUGCUCAAAGUGUACGGAUUUAAUCAGAAAUUAUCGCUUUUAUUGAACACUAUUGCAACAUGUAUAGCAGCCUGUCCGACGCUCGUAACGAAAGAAUUUUUCGACGUUUUGAGAAAGGAACACGUUAAAAGCUAUUACAAUACAUUCUCGAAACCUAAGAAGCUGGUUCAAGACGUGAAGUUGUCCAUUCUAUUGCUGGGUCAUCAGCCCAUCACCUACAGGCACGGCGCCAUCAGCGACGUCGAGUUCGACGAAUUUCAAAAUUUCGUCAAAAGCUUUACCGAUCACAUUUACAUUCGAUGCUUAGCGCAAGGUAACAAGACGAAGGAGGACGUCAUCGAGAAUGUACGUGACUGCAUAAAAGCGCUGAAAUGUGGUCCAUUAUUGCCCAAUACUAUGCCGUAUAUCAGAGUCAAUCAAGUACCUUUGGGAAUAAACUACUGUAAAAUAAGGAACUUCAAUGAAACAGAUACAAACUCUGUUGUGGUGAACUACUAUCAAGCCGAUGUCGCAUCUGUUAGAUUGUCGGUUAUGAUUGAACUUCUGACCACGAUCAUGGAGGAACCCCUUUUCAAUCGCCUGAGGACGCAAGAGCAACUCGGCUACGACGUAUUUUGUGUUAUGGACAACACUUUCAAUAUCCUUAGUUAUUCCAUCACAGUUUUUACCCAAGCGGACAAAUACUCUACGGAGCACGUGGACAGCAGGAUUGAAGAGUUUUUAAAGGCAUUCAAUAAGAUCCUGGAGGAGACCUCGGAAAAAGAUUUGAAAGCUAUACAGGAAACAUUGAUAAGACAGAAGCUAUAUGCCCCCAUACAUUUAGGGGAAGAGUACAGCAGCAACUGGGCAGAAAUAACGGCGGGCGAUUACAUGUUCGAUAGGAUCGAGAACGAAUUGAUCGCAAUAGAGUCUAUCAAGAUCGGAGAGCUUAGAGAGUGGAUGGCUGCUCACACGAUGAACGGAAGCAACUUGAGGAAGUUGAGCGUGCACGUGGACGGAACGCCUAAAUCGAUCGACAAGGAAAACAACGAGGGCGCCAAGUUGCAAGCGGACAGAGUAGAUUCCAACUCGAAGGUAGAGAAAGUAGGAAACGUCAAGUAUCCGUUGAUUUAUAUACCCACCACGGAAUGCCAAAAUGACACGUGCAUGGCGUAUUACAUUACCAAUAUAGAAGAAUACAAAAAGCGUCUGUAUACCUAUCCUGUCACCCACACUACUUUAUGAUACUAAAUUCUUUUAUAAAAUUGGUAGAUGUAUUUGACGACUUUACCUAGUGAACUACAAAAUUGAAAAAAAUAUUAAAAAUGCUACAAACUUUGCGAAUCAUUCACUCAAUCACCUGCGAUCUUUUUACAUUGUUUUUCCACCAUUGAUCCUUAUAAAGGCCAAGUGCCCUAAUACUUACGACCAGUACUGUAUGUCGUUUCAAAGUUUUCUGAGAGCAUUGAUCUCAAUUGCACAAAUUUUCAUUCUUGCGACCACUGAAUAAACAAAUAAAAAUGAUCAAUA